UUAAUAGAAUCUUACGAAACAAAUUGAAAUUGGUUUGGGUAACAGGGCAACUGGGAAAUCUUUGGCAGAAUGGUAAAUUAGAAAAAAAAAAACUUCAGCACCAUGGAUGUCCCGUGUUUACUCUUCUGUUACUCUGCUUAAUAUCCCUUCAGCCCCGAAUUCUCAUCCUCCUCCUGCACCGUCUCCUUCGGUCGGUAACUGGCGAACAACCUGCCUCCUACACGAUAUAGGAGCCCUCUGACACCCUCAACCUCGAUCCAUGGAACAUAUCAGUUCAGUACCCUGGUACAGGAUGAAGCUAUCAGACGCGUGCGCUUUGGAAUCGGUGCUUUGGAUCAGCAAUUUGCUUGAGGACAGGAGCAUCAAACCCUUGCGCAUCAACAACCAGAGUUGCGGCAAGGAGGGCCAACGGAGUGAAUAAAACUUUGCAGGGACAGCUAAAUCACAAUUUAACGGGGAAAAGGUUCUGACAGUACCGACGUGGCCCCUCGCUGCAAAAAAACAGCUGUUGCAUCUUGUCCCAGAAAUAGACUCGGACGAUUCAGCACGUUAUGGCGCGAUAUUGAAGCUCCUUAGCAACUGAUGAGGAUGUGCGACGUCGGGAUGACCAACCGGUAUUUGACAACCGUGUUUUUCACCUCGUUGGAGAGUCAAGCGGGGAAGAACAAAGUCAGCGAGAGGGAGAAGGGGAGGGGACCAAAGAGCCGGCGAGGGAAGGUGUGAAGCCAACGUUCAGAGAAAGGAAUCAAAGCGCCACGCUGACAGGCAAAAAGCCGGAGGGAGUCAAAAACUCUGCCAAGCGGAAGGAGGAAAGAAAGAAAAAAAAUUGACAGUAUCAAAGAAUUGGCCGAGCGCCCAUUUAAUGCCGGAGGAUUGCGUUUUGCCGACAAAGCCACGAGGGGAUAAUUUUAUUCUCCAUGAAGCCGCAGAGAAGACCUUCCAGCAAAUUUUUCAACCACCAACGGGGCAACUAGCACACCAUCAUGGAUGUCGAUCCUCCAAACAGCACUUUUGACAACACAACGCAUACCCAGGCUGCCCCUCAUAGCCUUUGGGAGGUUAUCACCAUAGCAACAGUCUCUGCCAUUGUAAGCUUGAUCACGAUUGUUGGUAACGUUUUGGUCAUGGUGUCCUUCAAAGUUAACAGUCAGCUGAAGACGGUUAACAACUACUACCUACUGAGUUUGGCUUUUGCAGACCUCAUUAUCGGAGUGCUCUCCAUGAACUUAUACACGACAUAUAUACUGAUGGGUUACUGGUCCUUAGGAAGCCUCGCGUGUGAUCUCUGGCUAGCUGUGGACUAUGUAGCCAGCAACGCUUCCGUGAUGAAUUUACUGGUCAUCAGCUUUGACAGAUAUUUCUCCAUCACGAGGCCGCUGACUUACAGGGCAAAGAGGACUCCAAAGAGGGCCGCCCUCAUGAUAGGCCUUGCGUGGCUGGUGUCGUUUGUCCUUUGGGCACCGCCAAUUCUGUGCUGGAAGUACAUUGUAGGGGAAGAAAAGGAAUCCGAGGACCAAUGCCAGAUUCAGUUUUUAACAGAGCCAGUGAUCACAUUUGGGACAGCCAUUGCCGCUUUCUACAUCCCAGUCUCUGUCAUGACUAUUCUCUACUGUAGGAUCUACAAGGAGACGCAGAAGCGGACCAAGGAUCUGGCAGAGCUGCAAGGGCUCACAAGCGAUCAUGUCUCCGAGGGAGCUCAACCGCAAAAACCCACCAUUCGCUCUUGUUUCCGUUUCACCAGAGAGAGGAGAGAAAGGAGCCAGGCUUCCUGGUCGUCCUCCAACCAAAGUAACGUGACAAAAACCACCAUUAGGUCAGAUGAAGUGUGGGUGAAAGCUGACCAGAUUGCCUCCUUUAAUAGCUACUCCUCAUCUGACGAGGAGGAGCGUCACGUUUCCAUCGAGACCCCGCAAGGCUCUUUGAGAGAUAACGGUCCAAAUGACAAGAACGGCCAAGCGACGGAUUACACAGAUGAUCAGUAUUUUUCAACCCCCUCCAAGGAGAGUAGUAAAAAGUGCAUUUCGUAUAAGUUCACACCUGGCUCAAAGGGUAUAAGAGGCAGUCCUGCGCCGGCAGCUCCUCCACCUCCCGAUGCCGAGCGGAAAAACGCCUCGCCUUCCCCCUCCACUGCCUCCAAGCCGAUGGACGCGGGCCUCAAGAACCAGAUCACCAAGAGGAAGCGAAUGGUGCUGGUGAAGGAGAAGAAGGCGGCCCAGACCCUCAGCGCCAUUCUGCUGGCGUUCAUCCUCACGUGGACUCCGUACAAUAUCAUGGUGCUGAUCUCCACGUUUUGUGCCACGUGCAUCCCCACGUCCCUUUGGCACCUGGGCUACUGGCUGUGCUACGUCAACAGCACCGUCAACCCCAUGUGCUACGCCCUGUGCAACAAGACCUUCCAGAAGACCUUCCGUAUGCUUCUGCUGUGCCAGUGGAGGAGGAAGAGAGGUGAGGACAAGCUGUACUGGUGCGGACAGAACGCGAAUGUCAACCACAAAAUGACUUGAUGGUUAACUCGUGGUUUUGUUGCCCGUUUACCUGCGUCGUGGCAGAGUCGUGGUCCGGCCGCUGUUCGGGGGCGUUUGUAAAGGGGGGCAUCAAAAGUGGGAAAUGUCGGUCAGCAACGGGAACCGGUAGACCACCAAUGUCCGCCAGUAUCACGGCACACGAGUUGCUUUUGUCAUCACGUUGCUCUUCCCGAUAUGGUCUAUUGUGUCGUCGGCAUGAAGUGCUGCAUGUGAUUUCUUUAUUUGACUUAUUUUUGUGAAAUACACGUCGGUCAGGACAUUUUAAAUGAAUCAGAUGUUCCUCCGCAGUUAUUAGAUUACAAAAUAACAGUAAGAAAGAAACUUGAACAAGUGUAUUAUUUUUAUUUUUAUUAGCUGUUAAGUUAUUUGCGUUCUUGGCACCCAAAGUGACAAUGUUGUGUGUGGGAUCAUAAAGGCUGCAUGUUUUUAAAUGUGAAAUUCCUUUCAAACAUACACAAGUAUGACACAAUGUCGGCUUGAAAUUUAAAAAAAGAUUUUUCCUGUUAAUGAGUCAUUUACAGUAAGGCUGAAUGACUUGAAUCAACAAACUUUUCCUUUCCUUUUUCCAUCGUACUGGUUGCAGUGCAUUUUGUUCCGAGGGCUAAUCUCUUGAUCUGCAUUACUUCCAACGGUGGUAAUAUGACAUUCAAAAUGAAUUGGUCAUCUGCUUUAUUUAUCGACAUUCAUAUUAAAGUACAGAAAACUAUUCAAUGUCAGGUGUCAACAACUACUAUAUCAAGUGCAGUAUCCAUAACGCCUGGCUUGCCGUAUUUCUCGACGAUUGAUGUCUGACGCUGUAAUAUAAGAAUCAUUGCAGACUUUUGAUGAUGUCAUGUCAAACUCUGUGCCUUUCGCUCAGAGGUCGAAUGCCAUUUUGUGAUCGAUUCUGUGGUCAUUGUCUGUGCAGUUCAGUGAAAGUGAAUCUGUGUGUAAAAAUUAGAAGAGUGAAAUGAGAAAUUCUGUCACAGGCUUACAAUUUUGUCUUGAACACAGCCCGUGUGUCCUGAUAUAUUCAGUUGAAAUAAUUAACUCGGUAGAGAUUUUAUUCAGUGGUUUUAUGACGGCUAAAUCGUGAAGGUAAGCACAUAGCCGAGCUCAGAAAAUGAAGUUUCACACGUCGUGAGGUCCAAUACAAGAGCUGUAUCUGAAACGCCUGUCCAGGGCAAAUUGGAAAUACAUGGUGGUAAACUGUAACAUGGCCUCCCACCACUCUCCGUUUGUUUGACAGGUGACCAUGUCCACACUUUGUAAUAAUUAACAUUUUUCCUGACAUAUAAUUGUGCAUUUACUUGGCCCCGUGAAGUUUUUACUUUUUGUGAGGCAAUCUUUUAGGGAUCUUAACACCAUUUUUUUUGUGUUCUUCAGAAUUCACAUCUUAACAUGCUUUAAAAAAAAGGGCAAAAAAGACUAGCAGCGCCCUGUGUUCUGAACUUGCAAAAAGGACAACUAAAAAGCCCUUUUGAUUGACACUUUUGCUCAUUUAAUAAAUGUCAUUGUGAUAUCUUAUACAACUGCCCUCUUUUUUUUCCUCUAUCAGCAAGUAGCAAAAAAGGUAGGUUGCACAAAAUGCCGCAUUUUCUCAUCUCUAAAAUGGGGCAUCAAUCUCGUCUACGUCUUUUUUCAGUUGACCUGUGUAUACCUUAUAUUGCCCAAUUUAGAAAAAAAUAUUAAGAGUAAUUUUAUUGAUGAAGCCACUGUACAGU